AAAGAAAAUUGUUGUCUGCUGAUAUCCUAAAAUAAUACGCCAGAACUUUGUUGUCGGCUGAUAUCCUAAAACAACUUAUGGAAAUCUGCUCUCUUCCAGUAGAUUGUGGAUUCGGGGGGGUAAGGCCAUAAGCUUUAUUCACAGCACAUUGAGCGGAUGUUAAGUAGGAGAAGAACUGACAAAAUGAGAGUGGUGAAAAUAAAUCUAGGGCAGGAAUGGGAUAGAUCCAGUAUUUUAGUUCAUUCCCUGUAUAGGACACUUAGUACAUUGGGUUCCCAGAUAUUGAAAUCUCCUUCUCUAGUUUCCCUUGAUCAUCCCGAUGACUGGUCUCAAUCUCAUGCUUUUAGACAUCCUGGCGGCAGUGCAUCCCCUUCUCAAAAACGUUCUGAAAAAGAGACUGCUAGAAUCAUUGACGGAAAGUCAGUUGCUGAGGAAAUUAGAUUACGAAUAGCUAUUGAAGUUAGCCGAAUGAAAGAAUCCAUUGGGAAGGUUCCUAGCUUAGGAGUGAUAUUGGUAGGAGAAAGAAGAGACUCCCUUGCGUAUGUGCGCAACAAAAUUGCGGCCUGUAAAGAAGUUGGCUUCAAAUUUUCAUUGAACCAUCUGCCUGAGAACUGCAGAGAAGAUGAAAUUUGUGAUAAGUUAUCAAGAAUGAAUGAGGAUCCUUCAGUUCACGGUAUUCUUGUUCAACUUCCUUUGCCACAGAAUUUGGACAACGAAAAGAUACUGAAUAUGCUAAGUAUAGAAAAGGAUGUGGAUGGCUUCCAUCCGCAGAACAUGGGAAACUUGGCCAUACAAGGUAAAGAACCGUUGUUCAUACCCUGUACUCCUAAAGGCUGCAUUGAGCUGCUUCUUAGGUCUGAUGUUGAAAUAAUGGGGAAGAAGGCUGUGAUGAUUGGAAGAAGCAAUAUUGUUGGAUUGCCCAUGUUUUUGCUCUUGCAGAGGCACCAUGCAACGGUUACCAUUGUCCAUGCAUUUUCGAACAAUCCAGAUGUUGUUGCCAGGGAAGCUGAUAUUUUAAUAGCUGCAGCAGGGGUACCUAAUUUAGUCCGGGGCACUUGGUUAAAGCCCGGUGCAGUUGUUGUUGAUGUUGGCACUAACCCAAUAGAGGAUGAAGAGAGUGAGCAUGGUUACAGGCUGAUUGGCGAUGUUUGCUUUGAAGAAGCAGUAAGAGUAGCUUCUGCAAUAACUCCUGUGCCCGGAGGAGUGGGUCCCAUGACAGUUGCAAUGCUGCUUUUCAACACACUUCAAGCAGCAAAACGUGCUCUUAGGUUCCCUUGAUUCAAAACUAAUUUAUAGUUUGAGUUUGUGUAGUUCUGUUUGAACCCAACUUUUUAUUGACAUAGGAAUUAAUCUUUUGCAGAUCGUUUUUGGUGUUCAAUGAAAAGUUCUUUCUUUGGGGAAAAAUGUGUGAAUCUUUAGUCAUUAGCCUCAACCACAUGUCUGACAGCUACACUUUUGGGGAGUAAAAGCACAAUACCCUAAAGGCUCGUUUGGAAGGUCACACCGAAUACCAUAGCAGCACAUCAUCCAAACACAAUUGUCUUCGGAAAAUUGUUGGCAACAC